AACGCGAAAAGCCCAAAAAAAAAACCGAUAAGCACCCAUUCUCGAGCCAAUCGCGCCUAUUCCACUCCACUCCACCCGCCCACGAUCACCGAUGGCUUCUUCCACCUCUCUCCUCCUCCCCACCGCCGCCGCCGCCGCUCGCCGCAGCCCCUCCGGCCACCGCGCCCCCCCUUCCGCCGUGCUGUCCCCCCCGCGCCGCCUCGCCACCCUCCGCUGCCUGGGCUAUGCGCGGCGGCGAGCGCAGGCCCGGCACGUCGUCGCGUGCGCCUCGGCUGCCUCCGCGGGGUCGCUCGACGCCCUCAUCUUCGACUGCGACGGCGUCAUCCUCGAGUCGGAGCACCUCCACCGGCAGGCGUACAACGACGCCUUCGCGCAUUUCGGGGUGAGCUGCGAGCCCGCCUCCGCCGCCGCCACCGACGCGCCGCUGUACUGGGACGAGGCCUUCUACGACGACCUCCAGAACCGGAUCGGCGGCGGGAAGCCCAAGAUGCGGUGGUACUUUGGGGAGAAUGGGUGGCCUACUUCAAAGAUCUUUGAAACACCACCUUCAAGCGACUCUGAUAAGGAGAAGCUAGUUGACAUCAUUCAGGACUGGAAAACAGAAAGAUACAAAGAAAUACUAAAAUCUGGAACAGUGAAGCCAAGACCUGGUGUUUUGCGACUGAUGGAUGAAGUAAAGGGUGCGGGUAUCAAGCUAGCUGUUUGCUCUGCUGCGACUAAAAGUUCGGUGAUUAUGUGUCUUGAAAACCUCAUCGGACUUGAACGGUUUAAUGGCCUUGAUUGCUUCCUUGCUGGUGAUGAUGUUAAACUAAAGAAGCCUGAUCCAUCAAUAUAUAUUACAGCAGCAGAGAAAUUAGGUGUGCAAAGCCAGAACUGCCUUGUAGUGGAGGACAGUGUUAUUGGACUACAAGCAGCAAAAGGAGCAGGAAUGUCAUGUAUAAUAACAUAUACUCCUUCGACUGCUAACCAAGAUUUCUCGGAUGCAAUUGCCACCUAUCCUGAUCUCAGUAAUGUGGGGCUUGAGGACCUCAAGUUGUUGCUCCAAAAAUCUCUUGUUACUGGAUAGCGAAGUGCUUUUGUCCAAAAAAUAAUUGACAAAUUUAUGUAUGCAUUGUUAUCCACAAAGUUCACGUCUAGAUUCAAGCUAGAAUAUAUCUUGUUUCAGCCUCUUGGUGUCUUCAAGAUCAACCAAAUGUUGGACAGCGAAGAUGCUGAUACAUUCUUUGAGAAUUUCUGUACAGUGUUGUAAGAAGGAAAAGCCAACCAAUCACCCCAAAAAAAAAAAAACUUUCAGCUGGAGUUACAGGUGGAACAUGCAGCUGGUGAAUCCAAGCAGUCAUAUUGUUGACUGGUUUGCGUUUGGCACGGAAAUAAGUAUAAUUUGACUCUUUGAUAUUCUGUAGAAGUGCAGAUAGUGUUGUACAUAUGGAAACUCUGGGUACAUUGUUGGAAAACUGCUGGAAACCGUUGUCAAGAAGGGAAAUACAUGAUCAUCUGUUGCAACACACAUAUACUUGCUUGUAUAGAAAAUGUUCCUUUCGUUGCUUAAUUAUGCAGUCUAUUUUGCUCCCC